AUGGAUUCGCACGAGUUCAAGCAUCGUACCGUCUCGGCCAACGAGGAGAUCGGCUCACCGUCAGGAAGCCAGGAUCGUGAUGUCGCCGAUCUGGCACGUGUAGGGAAGAAAUCGGUUCUGAAGCGAACCUUUGGCGUCCUCUCCACUCUUGGAUUCAGCUGUACGAUCCUUGCGACAUGGGAGGGACUGUUCAAUGUCUUUCUGAUGCCCUUACAAAAUGGAGGACCCGGAGGCGUCGUUUACACUUACAUCUUCGCUUGGUCUGGGACUGCCUGUUGUUUUGUCGUUCUAUCUGAAUUGGCCUCGAUGGCCCCAACUUCCGGCGGCCAGUACCACUGGUGUGCCAUGCUUGCGCCCCCCAAAUACAUGAAGUUUCUGAGUUACAUGACUGGCUGGCUCGCCGUCAUCGGCUGGCAAGCGGCCUUUGCCUCAUCCUCGUUCAUUGCCGGCACCCAAAUCCAAGGAGCCGUGAUCCUCGCCCACAAAUACUAUCAGCCAGAGCCCUGGCAUGGUACCCUCAUCAUGUGGGCCGCGGUCUUCCUGGCGCUGGGAAUCAACCUGGUUGGAGGCAAGGUCCUCCCCCGGCUUGAAACCCUCAUCCUGGUGAUCCAUAUACUCGGCUUCUUCGGCGUCCUGAUCCCCCUCACCUAUAUGUCCGAGAAAAAGACCAGAGAGGAGGUUUUCGACACUUGGGUCAAUUCUGGCCAAUGGCCCACGCAGGGGCUGUCAUGGUUUGUCGGUAUGACCGGGUGUGUCUUUGCGUUUGCCGGCGGUGACGCGGCCGUUCAUAUGGCCGAAGAAGUGAAGGAUGCCUCGGUGGCACUUCCGCGCUCGAUUCUCCUGUCUGUUCUCCUCAACGGAACUCUCGGCUUUAGCAUGUUGAUCGCCGCGCUCUUCUGCAUGGGUGACCUGGAGGCCGCCCUGAGCACUUCGACUGGAUACCCCUACAUGCAGAUCUUCUACCAAGCGACCGACUCCAUCUCGGGAGCAUUGGGAAUGACCUCCAUCCUGUUGAUCAUCGCUGUCUGCACUGUGAUCGGCAUGCUUGCUGCCACCUCCCGGCAGUUCUGGUCCUUUUCUCGUGACCGAGCCGUGCCCGGAUGGCGUAUCUGGAGCAAGGUCUCCGCCGGCAACCAUCUCCCCACCUUUGCUAUUCUGUUGACCAUGACCGUCUGCUGCCUGCUCGGGCUCAUCAACAUUGGCUCGAGUGUGGUCCUGAACGGGGUGACCUCCAUGGCCGUGUCGGGUAUGUAUCUGUCCUACCUCAUGGUCGGAUCGCUGCUGCUCUGGCGGCGCUGCACCGGUGCCAUCUCACCGCACGAUCACAGCGAGGACGGGAUCGUCAAUGUGCCCGGCGCGAAGCUCGCCUGGGGCCCAUUCCGGGUGCCGGGCACCGUGGGAACCGCUAUCAACGCCUAUGCGAUCAUCUAUAUGAUUAUUGUGAUUUUCUUCAGCUUCUGGCCAACGCAGAUGGAGGUCGACCGCACGACGAUGAACUUCAGCGUUGUGGGCACAAUCGGAACCAUCAUCCUGGCCUUGAUAUACUAUCUGCUGCGGGCGCGGAAGGUCUACCAGGGACCGAUCAUUGAGGUCGCUCGUUAG